AUGGGCUCAUCCGACGACAAUCGGUGCGAAAUCCUGAUCCUAGGGUCUGGUAUCUUUGGCACCAGCACCGCCUACCACCUGUCGCUCAAACAUGCCAAUCCUUCGAGGAUCACCGUCCUCGAUCGCGCGCCAGUGCCCUCCCCGGCAGCAGCGUCCUCAGACAUCAACAAGAUCGUCCGCGCGGACUAUGGCAAGCCGUUCUACAUGGACCUCGCCUACGAGGCCAUGGAGUCAUGGACAGGCAGUCCGCUCUUGAAGCCCUACUUCCACCAGACCGGCUGGCUGAUGUUGGACGAGGCGGACAGUGAUCUGGCGGAUCGAAUCCGCCAGAACUUCCGCGAGAGCGGUCGUCCAGACACCUCGACCGAUAUCACACUGGAGCAAGUCAAGGCUGCCUGGGGUGGUGUGCUCUCCGGCAUCGACACGACCGGCUAUGGAAAGGCAUACACAAACUCCAGCGCAGGCUGGACGGAUGCCUCGGGCGCGGUGGAAGCGAUGAUGAAAGCGGCCAUCCAGGCCGGUGUGAACUACGAGGUAGGAGAGAUUUCGGACCUGGUCAGCGACGGGAACGGGCUCACCGGCGUCCGCACGGCUGAUGGACGCACGUUCUCCGGCGAGAAGAUCGUGCUGGCCACAGGUGCGUGGACGCCGUGGUUGAUGACGCCGCUGGAGAAGCAGUUGCACAUCGCGCCCGAGGACAGCGUCCAGAAACAGAUGCAGGCUGCCGGGGUGUGUGUCGCGGCAUUCAAGCUGUCCGAGGAGGAUGCCCGGUACUACUCUCAGAUGCCGGUGCUGAUCUAUGGCGCGAAAGGAGAGGUCUUUCCUCCCAGCAAGGAUCGCCUCUUCAAGUUUACCAACGCAAAUACUUUCCUUCACACCGUCCCUCACCCGGCUACAGGUGGAAUGGUCUCGGCCCCGGCUCCCAACCAGCAGGCUGUCCCUGAAGCACUCAAGCAGCAGUCCAUCGAGAUCAUCCGCCAACGUGUGCCCCAAAUCCUGGCCGGCGGUCGUCUUCCCGACGAGUGGCGUCUCUGCUGGGACGCCAUCUCCCCCGAUCAAAACCAACUUAUCACCCAGCAUCCCGAUCCGCGGCUGUCGAACCUCUACUUGGCCACCGCCGGCUCGUUCCACAGCUGGAAGUUCCUGCCGAACAUCGGAAAAUAUGUCGUCAAUGUCCUGGGGGGUAAGUCGAACGGUGCACAAAAAGACGAAGUGUGGGGGUGGAAGAGGACGUGGACUGGAAGAGGUGCACAUGAAAAGGUCUUGCCCAAGGGAGACUUGAAGGACUUCUAG